UUUUUAUAUACGUAACUCCGACUUCUUUGCGGAUCUUUGUGAAUCGCAAGCCAGCGGACGGCACAAUUCCAGGCGGGGGAGGGAGCCCCUCUCUCGGACACACACUAGCAGCAUCACAGCCUCGCCUCAUUGAACAAGACAGAGAGAGAGAGAGAGGAGAGAGAAAUGCGAAGGGAUGUAAGAUGGCAGAGCUACAAAUGUUGCUAGAGGAGGAAAUCCCUGCCGGCAAGCGAGCUCUUGUGGAGAGCUACCAAAACCUUUCCCGCGUCGCGGAAUACUGUGAAAACAACUAUGUUCAGGCACAAGAUAAAAGGAAAGCCCUGGAGGAGACCAAGUCCUACACCACCCAGUCUCUGGCCAGUGUGGCUUAUCAGAUCAAUGCCUUAGCCAACAAUGUGCUACAGCUGCUGGAUAUCCAGGCCUCGCAACUACGACGCAUGGAGUCCUCCAUCAACCACAUCUCCCAGACGGUGGACAUCCACAAGGAGAAGGUGGCACGGCGUGAGAUUGGCAUCCUCACCACCAAUAAGAACACCUCUCGCACCCAUAAGAUCAUUGCCCCGGGCAACAUGGAGCGGCCCGUGCGCUACAUUCGAAAACCCAUCGAUUACACCCUGCUGGAUGAUGUGGGGCACGGAGUAAAAUGGCUCAAAGCCAAGCAAAAUGGGAACAAUGCUGCUGCAGGACGGGCAGGACAAGGGACAGGUACGCUGUCCAGGACCAACCCGCCAACACAGAAACCACCGAGCCCUCCAAUGGCUGGACGCGGCACCCUGGGACGCAACACGCCCUACAAGACACUGGAGCCUGUGAAGCCUCCAGUGGUGCCCAACGACUACAUGACAAGCCCGGCCCGACUGGGCAACCAACAGAGCCCUGCACGCACAGCCUCGCUCAAUCAGAGGCCCAGGACACACAGUGGUAGCAGUGGCGGAAGUGGUGGCAGGGAGAACAGUGGGAGCAGUGGCGUGGGUGUCCCCUUAGCGGUCCCCACACCUUCCCCUCCCAGUAUAGGCCAAGUGGUGACAUCCUCCGCAUCAGUGCCCCAAGGUCCUGGACUCGGUCCGAUUCCCAUGUCCCAGUUCGGCACCAUUUCCCGACAGAUCUCCCGUCACAACUCCUCCACCACUUCCUCGGCCUCCAUGGUGUCGGCCACGGGCACAUACCGCCGCGCUCCGUCUGUUUCUUCUCAGCAGCCUCACAUCAAUGGGGGUCCGGCCUUCCCACAGAGCUCAGUGUCUGUGGCUCCUCCGCCUCCUCCGAUGGUCCAGCUGACACCACAGAUACCUCUCACCGGCUUUGUGGCCAGAAUGCAAGAGAGCAUAACAGACAGCCCAGCUCCGCCGCCCCCGCCUCCACCAGAGGACAUGGCCGUGUUUGAGGAGCCCUCGCCUCCUCCUCCGCCACCGCCUGUCGACUACGAAGAGGAGGAGGCUGCAGUGGUCCAUUACAGUGACCCUUAUGCUGAUGGAGAUCCCCACUGGGCCCCUAAGGCCUAUUUAGAGAAAGUUGUGGCCAUCUAUGACUACAGCAAGGACAAGGAGGAUGAGCUGUCCUUCAUGGAAGGAGCCAUCAUUUAUAUCAUCAAGAAAAACGACGACGGCUGGUUUGAAGGCGUCUGCAACGGCGUCACGGGACUCUUCCCGGGAAACUACGUGGAGUCCAUCAUGCACUACGCUGAUUAGGAAAAGGUAAAAACGGUGAAGGUGUACAGAUGGAUGCAGUUCUUAUAUCUCUCCUUUUUUCGGUCAAGUGCCAUGGCGACAUCCUUGGAAUAUUCCUUUUUUUUUUUUGAGGCGCACAAAAAUGGGGGGUGUUGAAGCUUUGGAAGAAGGGGAGAUCAAAGCAUUUCAUAUUGCUGUCACGUGAUCGACAGCAGGCUGAAUAUUUGUAAAUGUUUAGUGUUGAUACGUUAGUGCAACAGCCUGUCAUUGAAUUUGCAGCGUUUGCUCCACGCGACGCUGCAUCUUAUCAACUUUACUCGCAAACCGACCUGCUUCCAAAGCUCUUCUCUCUUCUGAAAAAAAAAAAAAAAACAUUCUACCUUAUCAUGAGUGAAACAACAUCAAGUGCAUUAGCACACGGCUGAAUGUCAAAGGAAAGAAGCGAUCGCCUAAAUCACACACUAAAAAGUUGUUAUUCUCGAUCGGGGGUGGGCAAACUGCGGCUUGCGGGCCCACCGGGCAUUCUACAAUACCCAUACCAAAAAAAACCCAAAAACAUGUAUGUCAGCCGCAAGGCAUGCUGGGUAGUUUAUGGUACUCAUAUUUGUCACAUUUUUGAUUGUAAACUAUGUUGACAAGAAAUAAACAUAGUUUAUGUUCAUACUAGGAUUACCCAGCAUGCCUUGCGGCCAUUUGGAAAUGACAUUUUUAAGUUACGUGUUAUGUUUAGCGCUUAGUUGUCGUACUUGAUUCACGUGAUGCCUUGAGUUUCACUGACUCAGGACUACUCGAUGAAGAGUUAAGUUUCACUGAAUCAUGACUAAUCGAUGAAGAGUUAAGUUUCACUGACUCACGACUACUGGAUAAAGAGUCAAGUUUCACUGACUCACGACUACUUGAUAAAGGCUCGAGUUUCACUGACUCACGACUACUCGACCAAUGCCUUGAGUUUCACUGACGCACGACUACUCGAUGAGUUAAGUUUCACUGACUCACGAGUACUCGAUGAAGAGUCAAGUUUCACUGACUCACGACUACUCGAUGAAGAGUCAAGUUUUACUGACUCAUGACUACUGAAUGAAGAGUUAUGUUUCACUGACUCACGACUACUCGAUGAAGAGUCAAGUUUCACUGACUCACAACUACUCGACCAAUGCCUUGAGUUUCACUGACUCAGGACUACUCGAUGAAGACUUAAGCCUCACUGACCCACGACUACUCGAUGAAGACUUAAGUUUCACUGACCCACGACUACUCGAUGAAGAGUCAAAUUCACUGACUCAUGACUACUCGAUGAAGAGUCAAGUUUCACUGACUCACGACUACUCGAUGAAGAGUCAAGUUUCACUGAUUCACGACUACUCGAUGAAGAGUCAAGUUUGACUGACUCACCACUACUCGAUGAAGAGUCAAGUUUCACUGAUACACGACGACUCGAUGAAGAGUCAAGUUUCACUGACACACGACUACUCGAUGAAGAGUCACGUUUCACUGACUCACGACUACUCGAUGAAGACUUAAGCUUCACUGACCCACGACUACUCGAUGAAGACUUAAGCUUCACUGACCCACGACUACUCGAUGAGUUAAGUUUCACUGACUCACGACUACUCGAUGAUGCGUGAUGCGUCAACUUGCCGCAAAUGUGUUGUGUUUUCAUGUCGUUGCACCGUGAGCAAGUAUGUCAUUCUUUUUGAUGACCACCUAGAUGGUCCCCCCCCGCCAAAUAUUUUAAACCCAAUGUGGCCCGCAAGUCAAAAAGUUUGCCCGCCCCCACGCUUCCACGGCUCCAUGUUUUUGAAAGGAAAUACAAGCAUUAUUUAACGUUAAAUUUCAGCGCUUCUGAAAGAACAUCGGUAGGAAAACGGUCGACUGAAAGGUAUGUAGAAUGCAUUCCAAAAAAAACCACCCCUCCUCCUUCCGCUCUCUGACUUGUACAUAAAGUGUAAUGUGAGAACCUAGCAGUACUGUAAAGUGCAUUCGUCGGUCCGUGUCCUUCCCCCCCAACCCCCCCGCCUCCCGUAUGUGAUUUCCCAUCCGUUUCCAGUGGAGGUGGUGCCAAUAGUAGAUUAUACAGUAUGUUUAUUUCCACUUGAAUACUCAUAUUCUUCAUCAACCACAGUGCCGUUCAAAUUGUACCGGGGAAUAUUACCAGUAUCAUUGUCACCACAACUUAUUAAUGUGCGGUCCAGACACUGUAGCAGAGUUGAGUCUUGUCUUGAAGCGAAUGAAAGAGUCGUGUGUGUGUAUGUGUGUGUGUGUGUGUGUGUUCUUUGUGUU